UAGAGGUACGGACCCGUACCUCUAGAAUCAGAUUCUAGAGGUACGGAUCCGUACCCCUAGACACUUCUAAUGUAGAAAUAGGCUAGGUCAGCAGCGUUUUCACUUGCAAUUUUGAGUUGCAGGUCAGAGACCACCAAUUCAAAAAAGUACAGGGAACUUACUGGGAAUGAGUUUCAAAACGUGUUGUGAAGGGAGAAUGUAGCAAUGGGUGAAGUGAGCCAGUACCAUGUUACAAUGUUGAUAUCUACCAAUCAAGAGGAUGCCAUAAGGUUGUUGUUCAAACAGAAAAACUGGACAUGUUUGCUAAAUGUUUUGACAGAGGAAACUGUUACAGACAUAAUCCAAAGUGGGUUCACAGAUAUAUUUCCAGAGGCAUCAGAACUAGAGGGCGAGGCAAUGGAUGGAUCCAUCAGAGAGAAUGGUCCUGAAAUUGUAGAUGGAGAAACAGAGGACAACCUCACAGAAGAACCCCAUAGUGAAUCAAUGAAACUGAAAAGAAAAAGUUGUUCUGAUGAGGAUUAUACUGAUGAUGAAAAUGAUGGUAAUGGUGAUAUGAAUGAUGAGAAUGACACAUCUGUAGAGAACCUGAAUGAAACGCCAUCAUUGGUCAACAUCAAUGAUGAAACCAUAAAUAGCACAAGAGGUUCUAGCUCAAAAAAGUUAAAACCAGAUAAGAAAGAGAAAAGUUUUAAAAAUGUUAAGCGAAGAGUUAAAUGUCCUCUGUGUGAUUUAGAACUGGCAACAAAAUCUAUCUUGAAGAGACAUUGUCUGAGACGUCAUCCUGAUGAAUGGUUUGAAUUCAAAUGUGCAGAUUGUCCCAGUAUGUUUAAAACAAAGGAAGAGUUAUGGAAGCAUAGAGAUGAUGUGAAACAUGAACCACCAAAGAAAACCCCGAAACAGUUUGAGAAGGAUAACCACACGCCAGAGGAGCUACGAGAGAUGGGACAUAUUGAGUGUAAUGCAUGUGGAAAGUUCUUCCAUAAUGACCGCAUGUUAAGAAAGCAUUUGUACCAUUCUCAUAGGGAUAUGAUGCCGGUUCCCAUAUGUGCUGUGUGUGAUACAGAGUUUAAAACACGUCAAGAACUUUGGAAGCACAAGAAAGAUACCAACCACAAUGACUGUGUGUCUCUGUUAAAAAAUUAUCAGUGUGAUGCGUGUGGGAAAAUACUGAAGGGAGGCUACUAUUCUUUUCUUCACCAUCAAAAACUAGCAUGUGGAAAGGAAGAGAAAGAACUGGAAGAAUUGAAAGUACAUCCCUGUGACAUUUGCGGGUCUACUUUUAAAACAAAACACCAAAUUCAAUGUCAUAAAAAUGCAGUUCAUCUCAAAGCACCAGAAGUCUGUGAUAUUUGUGGAAAGGUGUACAAAAACCAACUUGCUUUAAGAGUCCAUAAGAAAAGACAUGAUGAGAACAAUAAGAAAUAUGCUUGUGACGAUUGCGGACGAUCUUUCUUUAAUAACACACUUCUCAAACAGCAUAUUCGCACACACACAAAAGAAAAACCGUUCAAAUGUCCUAUGUGUAACUAUUCCAGUGCAUGUAAAGAAAAUAUUGGAAAGCAUACCCUUUCCGUACAUAAAGUAAAGGCGAAAGCAAUAGACUUAAGGAAAAAGAAUGAUGCACCCACAGUAAUUAAUACGGGUUAUAUAAAAGACAAUAGGCAGAAUGUUAAUGUACCAAAUGAAUUCAAUAAAACUACAGCUCCUAUUGAACAACCAUUUCAUGCCCAGCUGGUAGAUAGAAAUGAUGAAGGAGAAACGUCUGUGAUGUUGACUGCCAGUGAAUCCUCAACUAGAAGUUACAUUGAACUGAUGAACUGUGAUAUAAACCCACAUACUUACACAAAUAUAGACCCAACUCAAUAUCAAUACCCAUGGGAAAACCCUGCUAGAAGAUGAUGUGCAAAUGCAGACAAUUUUGAUUUUAUUAAAGUACACAUUUGAUGAAGUAUUUCAUACCUGAAUAAAUGUAAAAUUAACUUUCUAAUGGCAUUCACCUCUCUAAUAAAAUCUCUUUAUUUCACAAUGAUUGAGGACUUACAGUUACAGGAUUUAUAUGUAUUAUAUCACGUCUAUUCAGAAUGUCUUUCUUUUUUGUGGCAUUUAUUGGCGAUACCUUUCUUUGAUACCAAUGAUGAGACAAUACAAUAUGUGUAUUAACAUAGUUUCAAUGUGACAUCUUCAAGGUCUGUGCCACAGUUCCACAGUUUGUUAGUUGUGAUUUCUUGUCUUGUUCAUAUAUUUGUUAUGUUUCUAUACUAUUUACAAUUGUUAUCAUUCAAGUUACAGUAUCUCAUACAUAAUUAUAUUCAAGGUCAUAUAUAGUCAAUUUCAGGUAAGCGGCUUUAUUGUAUGAAAUGUAUAGUUAGAAUAAUAAUGAUUUUUAUAAGUGAGAUUUUAUAUAUAAUUUAUUGUAGCAUUUAUUAUCAUUUGCAUUGAAAACUGCAUUUAUAUUGAUUAAUCUAGACUUGUAGAAUUACAUUAUAGAUAAUAACCCUGAA